AUGAAUGCGGCAGCACUGGGUCCUCUCGGACAAGCCGGCGACCAAGAGAAGCCAAAAUGGCUCCUUGUUGGUAUCCAACAAGAGCGCCUCCCCGACCCCGACGUUAACGAACUUGAGCGGCAUCUGCCGGUCAUUCUGCAAGCCAUGCUACAAGACUCUGGCGAUGACGCCAAGGCCAUCGGUGAAGCUGCUCAGCGCAUCCUCAGCUACUACCAUGAGUUGGUUGCCGAAUCCGUCAAUAGGCAGCAGCGGGAGGAUCGCGGCGUCGUGGGCUUCCUGAACGAGGAUCCCGACCUUGAGUUUUACGAUGAGGCCAUAGGCAUCCCGCUGGAGCAGUAUUGGAACAUGUGUCAAGUUCCGCUGUAUAAUGGCUGUCAGAUUGACGAGCUCAGGGACAGUUGCAACUAUGUCGUCAGCGUCUCAGCCCUCUUUGCCAAGUUCCUGGCCGCGGGCAUCCUCACAGCACGUAUACGCCAGUUCGCAGCCAUCCAGCUGGCCGAGAGCCGAGCGCCGCGAGUGGAAGGCAAGGCGCCGGCCUUGGAGCGUACCAGGAGAUGGUGUUGGGCAGCUGCCGCGGCGCAUUACAUCCUGCUCGCGGGGAACGCAGUGGCCGAGGCGGUCCGGUUUCCCUCGACCCAACCACAAAUCCAUGCCCUGGGCGAGGCCGAGUGGAAAGCGUCGAUGGCUCAGUUGAAGCAUCUUGCUGAGACAGUGCCCGAGGAGGCGGAUCGGGGGUUGAAGGGGAAUGCGCAGAGAGCCUACGAGAGAAUGGGCGAGUUGCUGCCUGAGCUGGCUCGAGAGAGCCUUGCGGAGGAACCCGAAUAG